AUGGGCCCAAGAGUUUACUUGUUCUCACACUGGUACUCAAAUCUCUUCUCGGACAACUGUACCUCCAAUUUGAACAACCACAUGAAAGCUUGCAAAAAGCAACAAGCUGCUUCUGAGAAAGCUGCUGUUGAACAAAAUGGAGAACCUCCUCUUCAACAGUCCAGUCUAGUGCCCUUCAUUCAAGGGAGCACCUACACCUAUGGCCACCUGGUACCAUCAGCUGAUACUGUCUCCCAUGACCUGAAGGAAGUCUAUAUCUAUAUCAUGGUAAAAAAGGAAGUGAAGAAACUUCUCCAGGGUGCUCAUGGCAAGAUCCACAUAGCUCAGGAUGGCUGGUCAGCACCUCAAAAGCUGUCACUCAUGAGGCUUGUCAUAGUGUGGGUUCAGGAUGGCAAGAUGCAAGUUCUAACAAUGGACAUGAUACACCUUCAUGAGUUGCUGAUGAGCCUAAACUUCUAUGGCAAUGGCAAAACCAAAACUCUAGAUGAGUUCAUGGCAAAUGAUGCAUAG